GUAUGGACCCCGACCAUCGGGAGCUCAAGGGCCGGCCACGGAUCAGCCCACAGACGGUAGCUUCAUGCACACAUUCACACACACACACACGCACACGUGUGUCAUUCUUUCUUGAUGUGUGUUUGCGUGUGUCAGAUGUUGGGCAUGUUGAAGGGCGAGUACGGUGACGUGGUGUCGGGCGGGUAUACGGUGCUGGACGCUCGAUGGACCGACGAGUAUGAAGGUAUGUGUAUAUGCCGCAUGGACAGACAGACACCCUCACACACAGACAGAGACAGAGACAGAGAGAGAGACCACAUGCGAAACGACGUGUCUGUGUGGUGUGUGUAUGCCAUUGAUUGCAUUGGCCAUGCAGGAGGGCACAUUGAGGGGGCCAUUCAUGCAUCGAGCAAGGAGACCGUCCGCGAUGCCCUCUGGGACCCCAAUGGCUGCCCCAAAUACGGACCACAACACGUAACCAACGCAGUCCAUCCAUCCAUCCAUCCAUCUGUGUGCAUCAACAAGACUGACUGAUGUGUUUACUCAAUGUCUGUCUUUACCUCAAUCAAUCAGGUCGUGGUACUGACUCUGACUCAGGAGAACUGGCUGAACCACAGAAAGACUUGUCUUUACUAAGUUUACUUGUCUUCUCUGUGUGGCUGGGUGGUGUGCAGAUCGCUGGCUACGUUUUAUAUUUCAUCGAUUCAUGACGACUCGUUCAACCGCACUGCCUUCUUUAGCCCUUUGCACAUCGAAGGUGAAAUGUCAAAGCAGACCAAUCGACCCCCGUGUACGUGUCUCAUGCCUGUGUGAAGGUGGAUCGCCGUCUGCAUCUUUCCAUCUCGCGCCCGGUCACACAGGUACGUAAGUGAGGGAUAAGGGAAGACUGCACAGCCACUUCGACGUGCAUCCUAGGCCUUCUCCAGCUCCCUCUUGAUUGGAUCGUUGACUUGGUGUCUGUCUCUGCCUGUCUGUCUGUCUGUCUAUCGUGCGUGUGCGCGUGUGCGCAGCUGAUGUAUGUCAAAAAGGGGAAAGCUGCCGAGCUCCCAACACAACAAGACUUCGUAAGCCAGGCCACAACAGAGAGAGACAUGACUGACCUGACCUCUCUUCUUGAUUCAUUUCCUGACAGGAUGGCAACACGGCGCUGCACACUGCAGCCCACUUCAACAACACAGCUUCUGUAGAGCAGCUACUGAAGUGGGGCCAGGAACAGGACCUGCCUCUCCUCAGAAUCAGCAACCAUGAGGUGCGCAUCAAUGCCUUGAAUGCCAUCCAUCCAUCCAUCCAUAUGCACAAACAUUGCUGUCUGUCGCGUGUAGGGAAAGACUCCAUGGGAUUGUGCUUUGGGCCACCCGCGCAUUAGGCAGCUGAUGAGGAAGUACAGAUAAUAGAUAGGUGCAGGCAGGCAGGCCAGCAGACAGACAGACGCCUGUAAUGGAUAAUAUCAGUUUCUGGGCGUUAGUUAGAUGAGACUUUUGGGACAGAU